AUGACUGCCAACCCCUCCGCCGCUCCUCCCACCCCAUCCCUCCAAGGCAAGGUUGCCAUCAUCACUGGUGGCUCCAAGGGCAUCGGCAAGGCCACAUCCAUCGCGCUCGCCCGUCUUGGCGCCACUGUGGUAAUCAACUAUUCCUCUGACGAGGAGGCCGCACAGGGUGUCCUCACCGAGAUCCAAAAGCUUGGCGCGGGUGAGGCACGCCUCGUGCGAGCUGAUGCUAGCACGCUGGAUGGCGUACACUCACUCGUCAAACAGACGGUUGAUGCCUACUCCAAGAUCGACGUGUUGAUUCCCAACGCGGGCGUGCUGCCUAUGAAGGACCUGCAGCACACCACGGAGGCCGACUUUGACCGGACCUUUGCCAUCAACGUCAAGGGACCCUACUUCCUCGCCCAGGCUGCCGCCCCGUACUUGGCGCGCGGCUCCCACAUCAUCUUCGUGUCCACCACCCUAACCACGGCCUCUACCGUGAUGCCGGGAUAUCUGCUCUACAACAGCACCAAGGGCGCUAUCGAGCAGAUGACCCGCGUCAUCAGCAAGGACCUCGGGCGAAAGGGCGUGCUCGUCAACGCCGUAGCCCCCGGCCCCACGGGCACCGAGCUCUUUUUCCGCGGCAAGAGCGACGAGCUGCUCAAGACCAUCGCCAAUUUCAGCCCUCAGGGACGGAUUGGUACACCCGAGGAAAUCGCUGAGGCCGUUGUCUUCCUUGCCCACUCCACCUGGGUUUCAGGCCAGGUACUUCGUGCUAAUGGUGGUAUGGCCUAG